GAGCACGUUUGUCUACGUCAUCAACAGUCGACACGGGAGGGACGAUGUUCUCCUGCUAUAUGUGUUUGCUUUGAAACAAGAGGGUAUAAACUGGUUGUAUCGUUUUAAUUACUUUAUCGUCGCAGUUAUUGUGUAUUAUUCCUUCUACUGGUGAUAGUGACACUGACGAGGAACACAUCUCAGAGUGUUAUAAUUCUUAAAUAAAACAAAAAGGUGCUAAUGCUAACAGGCUAAGCACACCUAAGCAUUGUUUUUGAUGUGUGUUGAAAAAUUGAGAGGAAAUCGUGAUGUUCCACAGUAGUUCUCAUAAGACGUACUGGAUAUUUAAGAGCGAGGAUGAACUCGAGUUAUUAAGAUGUGAGGCCAAUCAGAAGUUUUGCAAGAAAAUUAUGGAAACUGUCAAGCCUGGGGUUAGUGAUUCCAUAUUCUUGAAGCGGCACGAAGAAGACGUUUUAUUCAGACUCUAUGAGAAGAGGCUUCUUGACUUCUGCAACGUUUUCAAGCCUGCCAUGCCCAAAUCUGUGGUGGGUACAGCCCUCAUGUACUUCAGAAGAUUCUACCUCAACAAUUCCGUCAUGGAGUACCAUCCAAGGAUCAUUAUGCUGACAUGUGCAUACCUCUCGUGCAAAGUGGAUGAGUUCAAUGUCUCAAGCAGCCAGUUUGUGGCCAAUCUUGUUCAUGAGACCCCUGCGGGACAGGAGAGAGUGGCAGAGCAGAUCCUGGAGUAUGAGUUACUGCUGAUUCAACAGCUUAACUUCCACCUGGUUGUCCACACUCCUUACAGACCCAUGGAGGGUCUACUCAUUGACCUGAAGACCAGGUAUCCUACAUUGGAAAAUCCUGAGUCUCUAAGGAAGAAUGUUGAUGACUUCCUGACACAGGCUUCUUUGACAGAUAUAGGGUUGCUUUUCACUCCAUCACAGAUUGCUUUAACAGCAAUUCUGAGCAGCGCAUCACGAGCUGGACUUAACAUGGAGAGUUACAUUACUGAAUGUCUGGGCUUGAAACAGGACAAACAGAAUCUCUCAAAGAUGUACGAUUCUAUGAGAAGAAUGAAAAUUCUUAUGAAGAAAUAUGAACUUCCAAAUCCAGACGAAGUGAACGUGUACAAGCAGAAGCUAGAGAGGAUACAUGCUGAAUUUGUAACAAGCUCAAGCAACAAACGGAAAAGAGGCUAUGAAGAAGACGGACACGUAGCAAAAGAACCACGUAUAAUAGAAGAGGAGCUGUCUGAUGAAGAUCUGAUGUGAAAAGGAGUGAAAUGCACUGAAUUAAGUUGUACAUUUGUAUGUUACUGU